AUGAAGAUCAAAGUAAUUUCCUGGAAUGUAAGGGGUUUAAACGAUAAGAAGAAAAGGGAGAUCAUAAAAAGUCAAGUGCAGAAUUGGAGGGCCGACAUUAUAUGCAUGCAAGAGACAAAAGUGGAGGGGGAUAUCGAGGAAAUAGUCAGGCAAAUAUGGGGUGGUAGAUGGGUGAGGUAUGCAAGUGUAGAAGCUAGCGGCACGAGAGGGGGGAUUUUGUUAUUAUGGGAUUGCAGAGUAUGGAAAGGGGAGGUGUUACAGACUGGUGCAUACACUUUGACUUGCAAGUUCGACGCUCUUUUACAGAAUUUUCAAUGUCACACAACAGGAGUGUACGCCCCAAAUUGUAGAAUAGAAAGGAAAAAAGUAUGGAGAGAAAUUGGUGCAGUGAGGGGAUUGAUGGAAGGCCCUUGGGCGGUUUGUGGCGAUUUCAACGUUACAAGGUACCCUUCUGAAAAACGGGAAUGUUCAAGGAGGUCCAGAGCGAUGGUGGAGUUCUCGGAUUUUAUAGAAGAUAUGAAGUCGAUAGAUCUUCGACUUGAAGGAGGCAACUAUACUUGGUUCAAAGGGGACAAUCAUACAACGGCUUCAAGAAUUGAUAGAUUUCUCAUUUCAGAAGAAUGA